AUGUCCGAGCAGCAGACUCUGCCAGUGACCCUUCCCCUUGCCCUCAGUCAGGAGCCCCUCAAGCCUGUUUGCCCUCCCACUGAUACCCAGCAGGAGCAAGUAAACCAGCCAACUCCAUUGCCUGCCCCAUGUCAGAAGGUGAACUCAGAGUUCCCCAAGGAGUUUCCUCUGCAGCAUGGGGAGAAACAUGCCACUCCUGUGAAGGGGGUGCCCGAGUGCAAGUGUGAGCCCCAGCCCCAGGAGCCACAGGGGCAGGAACAGCAUCUGCACCAGCUGGAGCAAUAUUUGGGUACACAGCAGCAAGAGCCACAGGAGCAGGAACAGCAGCUACAUCAGCAGGAGCUACAGGAGCAGGAAGGACAGCAGCAAGAGAAACACACAGAACAUCAGGAAGCAGAGAUCCUGGAGCAGCACCUGGAGCAGAAGAGACCUCAAAGGGAACAGGACCUAAAGGAGCAGCUGGACAAGGAGAAGAAGCUUCUGGACCAGCAACUGGAUCAAGAGCUCGCAAACAGAGGAGAGCAGCUCUUGGAGAAACCUCAGGAAGCAGAGAGCCUGGAGCAGCAGCUGGAGCAGCAGACUGCUCAAAGGGAGCAGGAGCUAAAGGAGCAGCUGGAAGAGAAGAAGCUUCUGGACCAGCAACUGGAUCAAGAGCUCACAAAUAGAGGAGAGCAGCUGCUGGGGCACCUGGAGAAAAUUCAGGAAGCAGAAAGCCUGGAGCAGCAGCUGGAGCAGGAGAAAGCUCAAAAGGAACAGGAGCUAAAGGAGCAGCUGGAAGAGGAGAAGAAGCUUCUUGAGCAGCAACUGGAUCAAGAGCUAGCAAACAGAGGAGAGCAGCUGCUGGGGCAGCUGGAGGAGCAGGGUAUACAACUGGAGCGAGCAGAGCAGCAGGAAGGGCAGGCUGAGCAGUCUGUAUUUGUCCUAGUUCCCGGCCAAGUCCAGGAGACACUACUAGUCCAGCCACUGAAGGGAGCGGUCUUGCCCUCUGUAGAGCAACAACAGCAGAAGCAGGAGGUGCAGUGGCCCCCCAAACAUAAGUAA